AUGAGUUAUCAUAAAGUAAUCCGUUCCAUUGUGACGGCCUACGUCAUCCUUUUACUGGCUGUACACUGGAUCAUAGCAUGGAUCUUGCAGUUAAUACUUAUUUUUUUUACGUACCCGUUUAUGGGCCGCGAGAAGAGGCAGGAUUGCUGUGGUUUUAUUUUUCGUUUCGCAAACUUUAUUUCCACAGACGUCCUGAAUCCGUUUUGGAGGAGCCAAAUUCUGAAGCCCUUUCCGAAUGUGAAUGGGAAAAAAGUGUUGAUUAUGAUGAACCAUUUAAGCGCUGCGGAUCCGUUUCUGAUGGUUAGGGUGCUUCUCCCUCUUGACGCUGCGUGGAUUGUGAAAAGUGGACUCUUUCGUGUUCCGUUUGGUGGCUGGUGCUUGAGUAAUGCCAACGAUUUGAAGGUGUGCUUUAAAAACAAGCGGGAGGGACUAGAGACGGUUAAAGGGACUGUCGGGGUUAUGAUGGAGGAGGCGCGCCGGAAGUUGUGUCGGGGACGCCCCAUUGCCGUGUUUCCUGAGGGAUUACGCAGCAAAAAUCCCGAAGGGGGGUUGUUGCCAUUUCGCCUUGGCUUCUUUAAGCUGGCAGUGGAGGAGGGCGCGACGAUUGUCCCGAUUGCCAUUAGCGGAACGGAUAAGUGCUGGCCUCUC